UAAAAUUUCAAGUGGUCGGAAGAAAUUUAACAAAACUCUCUCUGUAUAUGUGAAUAGAUAGAUAGACAGAUACAGAUAGAGAGAGAGAGAGAGAGAGAGAGAGAGUGAAAGAGACAGACAGACAAAGAGAGGAGACGCACACAUACACACACAGUUUAGCCCAAGGUUGCCACAUGUCGAACGAAGUGGUAUAAACUGCAGUUUGUCAAAGUUUAUGAGAGGGGACUCUUAGAUUCAAGGACCACCAACGUUCCCAUAGGAAACUUGUAAUAAACGUGAGUAUUGUUCACCAGUUGAGAUACAAAUAAAAAAAAGAAACUAAAGAUGAAGAUCAAGAAUAAAAGAAGUCAUGAAAUGUACUGCAGUUUUACAGUUCCCUCUUUCGGCAAACUCCUGAACUAAUUCUGACAAGAGUCCCUGCUUCCAGAAUGCAUUCAGCAUCUGAAGUGUUGGUUAAUUUAGACCCAACCCAGGCCAAACUUAUGUCAGAGGAGUGCAUUCUUGUGGACGAGAUGGACCGAGUUCUGGAUAAAGCCACAAAACAGGAGUGCCAUCUUAUGGCAAAUAUUAACAAAGGAAUGCUGCAUCGAGCCUUCAGUGUAUUUUUAUUCAAUUCCAAUGGGGAACUUUUGCUCCAACAGAGAUCUUCAAAAAAAAUUACAUAUCCAAACCAUAUCACAAAUACUUGUUGUAGUCAUCCUCUCUUUAAAGAAGCUGAAUUAGAAGAAAAUGAUGCAAUUGGUGUUCGGAGAGCUGCACAAAGGAAACUACAACAUGAGUUGGGUAUUCCACCAGAGCAGGUACCACUUGAAGACAUUCAUUACAUCACUAGAAUGCACUACAAAGCUGGAAAUGUUCCCCUUGAUGGUAAAUGGGGAGAACAUGAAAUUGAUUAUGUUUUAUUUAUUAAGAAAAACGUUGACUUAAAUCUCAAUCCUAACGAAGUGAAAAGUACCAUGUAUUUAAACUGUGAUGGAGUGAAAGAUUUGAUGAAAAAUUUCCGGGACCGUGGUAUCCUUUUGACUCCAUGGUUCCAGUUAAUUGUGGAUAAUUUCUUGUUCCAGUGGUGGGACAAUUUGCAAUGUCUUAACACGCAGUACGACCAUAAAACUAUUUAUCGACUGUCAAAGACAUGAAGACUCCUGUAGAACCUUUGUUAAUAUUACAACAGUUCUGAUAACAUCAACUCAAUUCCAAGAUUGCGACGUCCAUACUUAACUGCCUCAGCAAUUCAUAUUUUAUAAUCUUUACAUUUAAUUUUUUUUUCUCUGUUAUUUUCCUUUUUUCUUUUGUUUUCUUUAUCAAAUAGAUAGAAUGAAAUAUUAAUUUGAUUUUGUUUUGAUAAUAUUUUAUCUUGAUUAUGUGUGUAAAUAGUUUUAAAGAAUCAAGUUAGGUAAAACUGGCAAAUCAUGUGAUAAGAACUUUGAAUUGAGGCCAAGUUUUUAGUGACAGAUCAGUGAAAAAUUUAGCAGCAAUAUAUAAAGUAAGGACAGUAAACAGUGAUCGAACUUUCAACCAUUCUACUGGGUGAAGUAGAAAGGUUUUUGCCUUUUAUAAGACCCUCACCCUCAUUAUCCACCCACACACCACAGCAAGACUAUUAAGGCUAUCUACUGCUCCAACAACAGUAGAUGUUGAGAGAAAUAUAGACAAUUGUUCAUUACUGUAUUAAUUGUUACUCUACUAAUUAUUUUGUUGUAAAUGUUAUUUUGGGGAACAGUGCUUUAAUAUUGUCAUUAGACCCUCUGUUACUUCUAUGAUGCUGCUGCUAUUGAUGAUGAUGAGGAGGGGGAGGAAGGUAUUAAUAAUAACUUAGAUCAUAAACUUAGAGCUGGUGUCUGAUUUUUAAAACCUGUCUUUAUAUUGCUACCAUUCUGUCAAAGGAUUGAUUGAUAAUUAUAUUUUACUAUUUUCAUGGAGAAAACUGAUCAUAUUGUCAUGAGUUCAAGCCACUCUAUAGCUAAUUAUUGUGUAUAUCUCUGGGUAACAUACUUUUGUAUAUUAUAGUUUACCAGACUGGCAGCAGGUUCUAUCCUUAAAUCAGUGGGUAGGAUUACAAGGGCAUCUGUCAGUAUAAACAAUUAUCCUGAGAAACAAACCAGAUGAAGAAAAAAGAAUGUAAUAUAGUUGUGUACAUUGUCUUGUAUAUAAACAAUAUUUUUCUAUAUUGAACUUCUUUAAGAAUAGACUCGAUGUCUGUAACAAUAGACACAUUUGUAUUGGAAGUUGAGAGUUUAUUUUGUAUUUUUAUAAAUUCUUGGUAGAAUUGGUAAAGAUCAGCUCAUUGCUUAACAUUCAAAAAUUGUUGUUUGAUAUAAAAUAUUCCAGUGAUUGGAGAUAGAAGCAUCUCUUUUUGAAUGAGACUUGGUUCUGUAAAUGAUUUAAUUUCUUUACUUCAGCUGUACCAAUUACUGAAACAUUCUUUUACCACUACAGAGCAUGAAAAAUAAACUCCUUACUUUUUGUUCUCUCAUAGUUUCUUGUCUCUGUUAUGUUUACCAUCUUAUAAAUGAAAUCUUUAUCUCUGUUUACUCUCUGAAUGGUGAAGUGACAACAUUUCAAAUGUAAUAUUAAACAGACAUUAAAAACUUAUUACAAAGAUUUUUCUUUUGUUUGGUAAUCCAGAGAGAAAAUUUUAGUGUCUGCAAUACUAAAAUUUCUGCUUCAGAAAUUCAUAUGGACUCUAAUAAUAUAUUUUUUAUGUCUCAUUUCUAAACUUUAAAACCUUCUCCUACUACACUUCUCUGUUUGAUAAAAUAAUUUAUUUUCAUUUAAUCACAAAUUAAAUAAAUAUCUUGAUUCUGUUUCUUA